AUGUUCACACUUUUGCCAUCACUUUAUCUUGUUGCUGUUCACUAUUUUCGACAAUGGAAUGCAUCUUAUUAUGACGAAGAAAAUAAAGAAGAAGAGAAAACAUCAUUUGUGGGUGAUAAUAUACAUGACAAGAACAUAACACAAACAUCAAAACACAUACCAUCAACAGAAUUGAAUAAAAAAUGUGAUUUUACUCUUCUUCAACAUAAUCAUGAAUCAUUAAUAAAUAAUUACCAAUCAUGCACUCGUUCGGCUGUUCAUGAAACGAAUAGCUAUUUAUCACAUAUCAAUAAUGACGAGGUUGAUCAAUGUAGUGAAACAAAAUCACGUACAAUAAAACCCAAUCUAUCUUCGUCAUUGUUAAACAUCGAACGAGGUAAAGUCUAUACAGGCGAUCUUGACGAAAAUGACAUGGUCCUUUUAAUGAACGAAACUGGGUUUACUCAAGAACAGAUUUUAUUAUGGCAUAGUGAUUUUCUUCGUGAUUGUCCAGAUGGCAAGCUUUCCAAAUCCAAAUUUAUUGAUAUUUACAAACAAUUUUAUAAGAAAGGUCAAGUAGCUAAAUUUUGCGAACAUGCCUUUCGUGUAUUUGAUAAAGAUGGUUCAGGUUCCAUUGAUUUUGCUGAGUUUCUUAUUGCUGUUAGUAUGACAUCAACAAAAGAUCCAGUACGAAAAAUGGAACUUUUCUUUUCUAUGUACGAUAUGGAUCAAGAUGGUUUUAUUGACGAAAACGAAAUGCGAUGCGUCGUUGAGUCGAUCUAUGAAUUAAUGGGUAUCGAUAUACACGAUUCAACAAGAAUUGACAUGAAAGUACGAGAAAUAUUUGCUAAAGCUGAAUGUGAUCAAUCAGGCUAUUUAACAAAAGAUCAAUUUGCAUUGGCUUGUAAGAAUGAUCGAUAUAUUCGCAAACUUUUAGUGCCAAAAACAAAAGCACCAAAUAAUCGAUGA